AUUGUGGAAUAUAUUGGUGAUGUGUACAUACGUAUGUACGUACAUCGGCAUUAGAGAAACUACGAUGUGCCCUUGAUCGAUAAUUUUGCAUUCAAGCUUAUUAUAUCUCGAUCGACAGUUGCUUUGGAUUGUAAAAAGCGAUCUGAAAGAUGAACUAUUUCGCAAUGUUUAUUUAGUUAUAUUUUUCGCACGGAAAGGAAAGAGAAAAAAAGGAGAGGAAAAUAUAGAUAAAUAAAUAAAUAAAAAUGUAUUGCAGCGGCGUGUUAUUGCACAAGGCCAAACUUCUCUAAACUCUACCACACGAUUAAACGACUACGUAAGGCUCUCGAAGAGAACUGUCCAUGCGAUAGUUGCCCAAUCAAGUUUUUCUACUUAUAGGUGCGCCUUUUGCUCUUUGUAUAGUUUACAAUUUAUUUACGAUUUACGUAUCGUAGUACAUGCGUUAUAACUGUUUGUCGUACAACGGGAAGCAUAUAGAUGACAAUUUUCCAUUACAUAAAAUUAAAUUACGUUAGAUUAAAUCGCUACGUCUUCUUGAGCGUAUUGAGACAAUGUAAAGUUAAAUGAUUCGUUUAAAUUAUAUCGUCAUUGUUCGAGAAACGAGUAUAUCGACCUUCCAAUCAAUUCUUGUGUACACGACGCUUAGGCAACGACACAAUAGGAGUGGACAUUUUACUCGUUUACCGUACGGCUUUCAUUUCUGUAUAGCUUUCAUCGAUAAUCUACGAAAUUUCUGCUAUUUCACUGCUAGUGUAUACAUGUAGAUGCUCAUCUAUGGUAGUUAAUGUUAUCAGGCAUGCGAUCUGAAAUUCAAUUUGUAGAGGUUCCAGCUAUCAAAAAUUGUAAUAUGGAUGAAUAUUUUUCCCAGUGCGUUCCAACUUCCUACUUCCCACUUCCCAGCUAUGACCUCAUUCUGCUUUUGACCUGAUUAUCGUAGAAGUGCAUAGUGAUUCGAGCUAGUUCGAGCGCGGCGCCAGCUAACAGGUGUUACGUCAGCACUACAAAAGUCAUUUGAGCGAUAACUUUACCAUUACUAAACUGACAGAACAAAGAUUGCUGAAAAAAAUACAUUCCAGUUAUUGAAUAUUUCAAUGUUUUUUUGUCGCUAUCAAAAGUCUGGUUAUGCACCGAUAAGAAGGCGGGUCAAAUGAACACCCGCAUUUCCGGUGGUAGCGUUGUUGAUUUAUUAUUUGUAUUUUGACCUGAGGUUAACAUAACCUAGUUGACAAAUGUCACGUUCGUCACGUUCAUGAUUUGCAAUGCUGUAAUCGAAGUCGGCCGCCUGUUGUUAUGCUGGAGCGCACCGGAAAACAGGUUAAGAUGGAUGGAACCAAAGAUGUUGUUAGACUGCAGACGGAACGACUGAGCAUAGAACAGAUAGUGAACCUGGUGACCGCUCCGAAUUGUGGAGCUAUAUCCACAUUCAUUGGUAUAACUCGUGAUAACUUUGAAGAAAAAAAGGUGAUCAAGCUGGAGUAUGAAGCCUAUGAACCUAUGGCUUUGAAAGAGUUACAGAAUGUUUGCUCUAAGGUACGCUCCCAAUGGGAUGUGGAACGCAUAGCAAUUUUUCAUAGACUAGGAGUUGUACCAGUUACUGAGGCAAGUGUUGUUAUAGCGAUUUCUUCUCCUCAUAGACAGGAAAGCCUCCAAGCCACACAAUUAGCUAUUGACAUGCUGAAAAGUAGUGUUCCUAUUUGGAAAAAGGAAAUAUACGAUACUAACGAGUCGGAGUGGAAACAAAAUAAGGAAUGCUCCUGGUCCACUAGAGAGGAGAGCCAUGCUACUUCGGAGAGUAUAGAAACACCCUUAAGUGCUGUAACUGAUCAAGAAACUGGUGAUAAUCAAGAGAAUGAGCAAAAAGAAUCAUCUGAUGUUGAGAUCGAUCCAAAUCUUGUACAAAUUCAAGCGAGCGCAGAAGAACUGAAUCGCAGAAUAGAGGCAUUCAUUACACGGAAACGAGAGCAGAUGAACAUCGUAAAUGUGCAAGAAUUUUGCUGUCACAGAGCGAGAGUUGACGAAGAGCAGGAGGAAAGCUCUUGCGCUCGAGUAGAUGCAAUUUUGAUUCGGCGAAAAGAUUCUAAAAGCCAUGUCAAAGUUCACAGAGUUCUGAAUCCUUGGGGUCCCAAUACGGUUGAUACAUCAAUGUUGCCAAAUAUUUCAAAAACACAUUCCGACGAAAGUUCUCCUGGUAAUUAUCCACCUGUGCUGGACGAAAGAUUCAUGACAAGUGAGAAUCAAAUUGGCAUCAAAGGACCCGUACCAAAGGAUGUUUAUCAAAGGCUCAAGAGGAUCGAGGACAGAAUACUGUAUCUAGAAAGUCUAUCACCGGAGUACAGACACUUUUGGGAGGAUCCAGAGAAGAGUUCGCAGAAUACCUACAGACCUGUAAGAAAGAGGACAUUUUCAACGGCGGAACUUGACUCAAAACUUCAUGAAUUGGAAAACAAAUAUGCAAAGAGGGUCUAAUUGAUCAUCUGUAAGGAUUCUCCUGACAUCGAUAGCUCGCAGAGUCACACGUAUGAACAGAAGUAUGAAAUAAUUUAUGUUACAUAACUGCUAUUUUUGAAACUUCUCCAGGAGACUGGAAAUCCCUAAAGGUGUAGAAAAAUCAGUAAAUUUACUGUGAGUAAAUAAAUAGCCGAAUAAACAUGCAGGUUUAUAGAUUUUUUUAUGGAUUGUAUUUUGAACGGAAAUAGUCAAACCUAUAAAAAUAGUUGAGAUUAGACUCUAACAUCACGUUGUAUAAAAAUGCUCUUCUCACAUACAGAAACGAACAGAAGUAUAAAUUUCGGAAAUUCCGUGAAGGUUACCAGUCUCCUUGAAACGUAAAUUUUUGCAAUUCAAUAACGAACAUGAAAUUUUUAAACGGUGGUUCAACUAUGUUCAGUUUCCGGUGGUAUUAAAAAAUAUAUUUUACAUAA